CCAUUGACGGUAGAUAAAAGUUUUGUUUCUCUGGGCUACUAAUAUGUUAAUUAGCUGUUAGAGUGUGCGACCCUAUUGGCUCGUCGUCCGAGUCAAUUUCCCAUUUCCAGCCUGACGUCAGAGCGGCUACAAUGCUUAAACUCAUCUGCUGUGUGAUCCCACUAAAAAAUCGCCCCACCAGACAGCGGCUUAGAACGUGCAAGUGAGCUUUUACUCCCUGACUUUCGGUGUGUUUCCCUCUCCGCGUGCGCAAUGUAUUCAUGAAGACACCGUAAAGUGUUAAAUGUUUGAAAUCCAAAACCGCCGAAUUUCACAUGCUGAAAAAGGACUCCGCUACUCGUACGCGCGGCACUGGUGUGUCAGUGCAAUAGACUCUGCAAAGAAACUCUACUCACACACGCCUGCAAGUCCGCGGCUGCAAAAAGGACGCCGAAAACCUAAUUUUUUUUUCAGUUUCAAGACAAACGCGUAAAAAUCAAACUGGCUCACGUUCUUCCCAACCAACCCAGUUUGACAGCUGCUCUUCACCCCGUUUGGAGGACUGUCAACAGCAAGAGGAUGGCAUCAGAGCUGGCAAUGAGCAACUCCGACCUGCCCACCAGUCCCCUGGCCAUGGAAUAUGUUAAUGACUUCGAUCUGAUGAAGUUUGAAGUGAAAAAGGAGCCGGUGGAGCCCGAUCGCAACAUCAGCCAGUGCAGUCGCCUUAUCGCCGGGGGAUCCUUGUCUUCCACCCCGAUGAGCACGCCUUGCAGCUCGGUGCCCCCUUCCCCAAGCUUCUCGGCGCCCAGUCCGGGCUCGGGGAGUGAGCAGAAGACACACAUUGAGGAUUUCUACUGGAUGUCCGGUUAUCAACAGCAGCUGAAUCCAGAGGCGCUGGGCUUCAGCCCCGAAGACGCGGUCGAGGCGCUGAUCAACAGCAGUCAUCAGCUCCAGUCUUUCGAUGGCUAUGCCAGGGGCCAGCAGUUUGCUGGUGCAGCCGGAGGAGGAAGCACCAUGGCCGGGGAAGAGAUGGGGUCCGCCGCGGCGGUGGUGUCGGCAGUAAUUGCUGCGGCAGCCGCUCAGAACGGAGCGCAACACCACCACCACCACCAUCACCACCACAGCAGCAGCCACCACCAGGCACCGGGCGUCCAGUCCAACGGCACUUCUGGGACAAAUCACCCACACAUGCGCUUGGAGGAGCGGUUCACAGACGAGCAGCUGGUGACCAUGUCAGUGCGGGAGCUCAACCGGCAGCUACGGGGGGUCAGCAAAGAAGAGGUGAUCAGAUUGAAACAGAAGAGGAGGACCCUAAAGAACAGAGGCUACGCUCAGUCCUGCCGGUUCAAGCGAGUUCAGCAGCGGCACGUCCUGGAGGGAGAGAAGACACAACUCCUGCAGCAGGUCGAGCACCUAAAGCAAGAGAUCUCCAGGCUGGUCCGGGAGAGGGACGCGUACAAAGAAAAGUAUGAGAAGCUCAUCAGCAACGGCUUCAGAGAAAAUGGAUCCAGCAGUGACAACAACCCUUCAUCUCCGGAGUUUUUCAUGUCAUCAAGAAAAUUUCUCCAUCUGUGAUUUCAAGCACCAUCCCUCCGUGCCCUUGAGGAUUCUUG